UCUCUCUAUAACUUCUCUGGUGAUUAUUUUCCCUCUCUAAGCUUCUCUGGUGAUUAUUUUCCCUCUCUAAGCUUCAAUGGAGAUACCUUCGUUCUUCAUCUGCCCCAUCUCUCUGCAAAUCAUGAAGGACCCUGUUACAGUGAUUACAGGCAUCACCUAUGAUAGAAAGAGCAUCGAGAAAUGGUUCUUCUCCUACCACCAUUAUACCUGCCCGGUUACCAAACUGCCCCUCAAAGACCAGAGCCUCAUACCCAACUCCACCCUGUUUCGCCUGAUACGAUCAUGGUGCAUAGCGAACAGACCAUCGGAGGAGGUCCUCACACCCAAACCGCCUGUCGACGCCUCCGCUAUCUGUGAGCUUCUCAAUGAGGCGAAGAUCCCCCAAUUGGCCUUGAAAUCGCUGGACACAAUCUUCUCUCUCAUCGGUGCCAGCGAGAGAAACCGCCGGUGCUUCGAGGAGAACGCAGGCACCGCUCGAACCAUGGCCUCCCUGAUCAAUAACGAGCUCAACGACCCACGAGCUGGGGUGGAGGGAGUGGAUGUUGAUGGGGUCGUGGGGGUUGAGAGCUCGGGCAAAGAGCUAGAGCUGGCCAUGGGCAUUCUCCAGCUCCUCCAUGUGCCGCCGGAGGAACUAAAGAGGAUGGGCGAAGAGAGAAGUGGGAGGCUCAUAGAGACGCUCUCGUGGUUGCUGCAGAGAGGGAGCUAUCGGGCAAAAGUGAGGGCGGCCAUGUUGCUAAAGUCAAUACUACAGGAGGUCGACACCUGCUAUCUCACGACAAUAAGGGCUGAGCUCUUCGAUGGGGCAGCCGAGAUUUUGAAGGACCAGAAUUCAAGCCAGGCGACCACCAUGGCGGUGCUACAAAUCCUCGUCGAGGUUUGCGGGAGGGGUAGGGGUAGAAAUUGCAACAAGGCAGUGGAGGCGGGAGUGGUUGCGGUGCUGGUGGAGCUGCUGGCAGAGAAGAAGGAGAAGAGGGGGUGCGAGAUGAUGCUGGCAGCGCUGGAGGCAGUGUGCGGGCAUGCAGAGGGGCGGGCGGCUCUCGUUUCUCACCCUUUGGGAAUCGCAUCGGUGGCUAGAAAGAUACUGAGGGUCUCGCAAGUGGCGAAUGAGAAGGCCGUGAAAGUGCUCUGGUUAUUGGCGGGGAGGUUCUCGGCGAGCGACGACGGGAUUUUGCAGGAGAUGAUCGAGGUCGGGGCGGUGACGAAGCUCGUAAUGGUGAUGCAGGGAGCGGAAAGCACCAGGAAUACAGGGAAGAAGGCCAGGGAGAUACUGAGAUUGAACUGGGGGACUUGGAGGAGGUCUCCUUGUGCACCCACCCACCUCCUCUCCUCCUCCUCCUCUCCAUCCCAUCACUCAUGUUUGUCCUUGUGGGACUCGGGCUUGCGGCCCUAGUCCCACUGGAUAAUUUUUUAAAAAAAUUAUGAAAAAACAAGGCUCAGAAUCGCCUGCCUGGCUUCCGAUCCAGCCAUUUUUAAGAUUCAGGAUUUCUUAUCAGUAGUGUUCAGUAAUUUCUUUUAUGUUUGAUCUUUAAGGUAAGUGUACAGUGAUUGUUU